GCUUUGACCACAAUGAAUGCAGCAACGUCAACCCAGUAUCCUACUUGUAUCUGCACCUUCAAGCCGCCUCCCGCCCCAUCUGCCGCCGAAAGAGAGCGAAUCGUGGCCCUUCUUCGCUCAAGCCAACCGGUUCCCCAAUCCACUCAUUUAGAAAUCCUCGCUCAAAUCGAUGACGCUCAGAAGGAGGUUGCCAACUACGAUACACACAUUGCAAACCUGGAAGGCCUGGUGCGACAAGCAACUGCAGAGCGAGACAAGCUCUCCGCGCAUAUCGAGCUCUGUCGCGGGGUCGUUGACUCGCCGAUCCGCCAAUUGCCCGCUGAGAUCUUGGGUCAAAUUUUCGAGCUCUGCGUCCUGACGCAGGAGCAUGGGAAGGAUAUGCUGUCAGGAAUAAAUUCUUUCACGAUUGCGAUGGAGCGCCUGGCAAAGCCAAGCCUUUUCUCCUUGUCGUUGGUCUGUUUGCGAUGGAGAGACGUGACGUGGAGCACAAGCAGCCUUUGGAAUCAGCUCGUCGUUCACGCAGACAUCUUAUCCUGGAAAUACGCCUCGCUUGCCUUGCUGGAGCGUGUAUUAGCUCGAGGGUGUGGGCAGCCUCUGGACUUUCAAGCUUCCUGCCGUGGUCAAAUAGAACCACAGGGACACAUUAUUCGAGCCCUCAUGCGGCAUUCACACCGCUGGCGACGUGUCGCGUUGCAUGUCACUGAGCACACAGCUCUUCCGUUGCUGGAACGCGCUCUGAAUCGACUGGACGCGUUGGAGGUAUUGGAUCUGGACAUAGGCUCACUUAAUGCCUCGGAGAAGUUAUCUGCCCCAAUUCGUGCGUUUUCUGCGGCCUUUCAUCUGAAAAAGCUCUCCUUUUCCGGUCACAUUGGAAAUCUGCCUAUUCUGCCUCCGAGCCAAUGGCGUCAACUUACUUUUCUUUCAUGCCGAGUGAACCUGAAUAGUGCAGACCUUGCAGACUACGCGACAGAAUUGCUCGCCUCGCCGCUGAACCAACUUCCAGAAAACGCUAGCGUGGUGUUCAAGUUCUGCUACGAUCCUCUGCGCGGCAACUGGGAACUGCCGAUAGCACAGAACAUUCCCCCAAGUAACCCAACAACAAUCCUUCGAGUCCACAGCUUUACACUUUGGAUGUGGGCAUCGGCCCGUGGCACGAUCGAUGAUCAUCUCCCCACCAGAAGCAUACUAUCUUGUCUCUCCCUUCCGCAAUUGACAAGUUUGACGGUGCGCAUCCCACCCCACGACCACCGUAACCCGCCAACUGCAAACUGGAACCAUGCAGCGUUCUGUGCCCUUGCGGAGCGUUCCGGCUGGGCCACCAGCCUUACCACUCUCAAAAUAACAGCUGUCAUGAGUGACAGAGAGCUCAGUGAAGCCCUUGCCCACCUCCACAGUCUGGAGUAUCUUCUUGUGGACACGUCAAACACUCACUUUCCCGCACUCUUUACAACGACUGUUCUGCAAAGGCUUACUGUGCCAGACCGCUCCGUGGACGCCGAUUCUCAGAUCUUGAUUCCCCGCCUCACGCACUUAAGCAUCGGAGGCGAUCUCUGGAUAAUAGAGCGGGUUUUGAGUGACUUCGUGGAGAGCAGGAUCCAGUACUUGAAUGCGCAGGAGCCGCCGCUUGUAUUCACUCUGGAGCUGUUCCCACCGAAAGACGCCCGCGAAAACUCUCAGUUCCAUGCCAGGCUCUUUUUGCGAUUCACGGAAUGGAUAGAGCGGAAGCAACUGCGCUUUACUGUCAGAGCAACAAACUAUUACUACUAA